GGAAUUUGCUGUGUAGGAAAACAAAGUUUCUUUCUUCAAGAAAAGCAUAAUUUCCAAACGAAAAAGUUGGUGCUGACUUGGUGUAAUCGCUGACUUUGAUCUCGCUGAGACGCAUUUCAUUAAGAUGUAUCAGGCGCUGCUCCAGCAGGCGAUCAAUUCGCUUCAAAACCUUAGCUCUGACGAGCUGAGAAAUUUAUUGGCCGAUGAAGAGAUGCUUGACGAACGGGUCAAUGAAGUGAUUAAAACUAUUGAUUCGUCAAAAGACGCGGUUAUCAACGAAAAUAGAAGACUGGCGGAGGCUAAUCUGGAGUUUGAACCAAAGAUGAUCGAACUCCGAUCGCGAGUGGAGGAGCUGGGGGAAGAAGGUCGACAGGCUGGAGAGGAUGUAAAAAAGAAAAUAGCUGAGCUCAAUGCGAAGGCGUCGAGUUCCAAUGCGGAUACAGUGAUGGCUCUACUGCAGACCGCCGCUGCUGAAAGUGAGGAGGAAUCGGAGGCACUCGUAAAACAGUUCUUGGACGGUGAACUAUCCACCGACCCAUUUUUGGAACAGUUCAUGGGCGUUCGAAAGCUAAUGCACACUAGGAAGCUUAAGGCGGAAAAGAUGGUCGAUUUAAUUAUUAAGACAAAAGGACAGAACUUGGACAUUUCUACUCCCAUGCCUGGAUUUCACCUUCUAAAUCUGGGACCGUACACACCUCCAGCUCAAGCAUCUCCAGCAGGAUUUGAUCAACCACCAUCUUCUUCUGGCUCUCCUGCGUACGUGCCGUAUCCAGUAGAUCAGGGCUCGGUCCCGUAUCCGCUCGCAAUGUUUCAAUCUCCAAGGUUCUAGACGAAUUAAAAAUAAUGCCUUCGUUUGUGAUUGGGUAGAUAAGGUCUUCUAACACACAAAAUUGGCGUGUGAAAUGUUACACUAAGCAAGCAGGAGGAACAAAUGUUUGUUGGCGUGUUCUGCGAACUCGAUAUAAUCGUAGAACUGCACAAGUUUUGUAAGGAUGUGAAUUAUACUGCAGAGUUUAAUUUAUUAAGUAAGCAUGGUAUAGCAGACAACAUGAUGGAUCAUCGAGCAAGUGAAUAAAGUUAAGAUUAAAAGA